AUGAAGUCAGUGAUGAAAGCCGAGAUGAGCUUGAAAGCAGCAAACCCGGCGAUGACGUUCAGGAAGACGAGAGUGACCGAGGGUGCAGGAGUUGGAGGAGAGGGCGGGUCAGUCAAGGAGUCGGAGCAUGGAGAUGUUUCAUCCGCUGGUGACGAGCCUGCAUCCGAGGAUGUUGAGGAGGAGGAGUCUGUAGUACCACGUGACGAACACUCGUAUGAAGACAAUGGUAAUGAAGAAGAGCUUCGGGAUUACGAUGAUGUUGCUGCUGAGGGUGAUUUACCUGGAGCUGAGCAGGAGAACGUUGAUGACACUCCUCCCCAACCAAUGAACAUUGAGACGUACGGAUUGGACGCCGAUGAUGUUGAGACUGGCUGA